CUCAUGUUUGAUGAAAGCUAGUCUUUACCUACCCAACAAAUUGAUGAACCUUCCUUGUAACUGAAACAUUAAAAGAAAGCAAGGUAUCUAAUCUAGAAAAAAUAGAUUAAUGGAAAAGGUAAAUAACAGCAUAUAAUAAACCCUAUAAGCCUUCCAUUCUAAUUCAAGCAUUUGAAGGGGGCUAGAGCUAGAAACAGAGCUUACCCAGUUUGAAAGCCUAAGUAAUCCAAUCAUCAAAACUAAAAAGCAAAGAAAAGGCAAAAACAGAGACAACCUUAGACUCCAAUUUCUUAGAUUAUCUUAAUCUGGGUUUCGGAUUACCCAGGCAAAAGGAACAUCUGAUGACGAAAAGGUAAUUUAAUGUUGGAAAGGGGAUUGAUUGGUUGGUGGGUUUGGAUGGACCCACCAUUUUCGUAGACUUCACUUGCAAAAUUGCAAGCCCCAGAGGCGCAGAGGCAGAGAGAGAGAGGUGGGUAUAUAAAUGAGGAGGCUAUCGACUUGCUGCUUCACAGGUCGAGUCUCUAAAACCCAUCGCAAGCACAGCCUUUCACAGGGAUCUGGAGAAGCUAUGGAGAACCCAUCAGCGAGCAAUGCCAACAACUUUCACUCCGAGAAAUCAAAUGGAAACACAAACAGCUCAAGUAGUGUUGCUACUAAUGUUUUAAUGAACCAUGACUUCUCUAAAGGGCUUGAUUCAUGGCAUUCAAACUGUUGUGAUGCAUUUAUAGUUUCAGCUGAGUCUGGCGACGGUGAAGGACUAUUGGCAAAGUCAGACAGUAAUUAUGCUGUUAUUACAAAUCGCAAAGAAUGUUGGCAAGGUUUGGAACAAGAUAUCACAGGCAAAGUUUCCCCGGGUUCCACCUAUACAGUUUCUGCUCGUGUUGGUGUUUCAGGCCCUCUUCAGAGCUUUGUUGAUGUCCUGGCCACGCUGAAAUUAGAAUACCAAGAUUCAGCCACUAGCUAUUUGUUCAUUGGAAGGACUUCUGUUUCAAAAGGGCAGUGGGAAAAAUUGGAAGGCACAUUUUCACUGUCAACUUUGCCUGACCGGAUUAUAUUUUAUUUGGAAGGGCCUUCUGCUGGAAUAGACUUACUCAUAGAUUCUGUAGUGAUCUCGUGUCCCAAUACCAGUGAAAGUGGUGGUAUGAGCACAGGAUGUUUCACCGGAGAUGACAACAUCAUAUUAAACCCAAGAUUUGAGGAUGGCCUUAACAAUUGGUCUGGAAGAGGAUGCAAGAUUGUUUUACAUGAGUCGAUGGGGGAUGGAAAAAUCAUGCCAAUGUCUGGAAAGUUCUUUGCGUCUGCAACAGAACGCACACAGAGCUGGAAUGGGAUUCAGCCAGAAACUGCAAGAGUGCAGCGAAAGCUUGCUUAUGAGAUUACUGCCAUAGCUCGAAUAUUUGGUAACAAUGUCACUAGUGCAGAUUUACGGGCAACAUUGUGGGUUCAGACACCAGAUCUCCGUGAACAAUACAUAGGCAUUGCCAACUUGCAGGCCACAGACAAAGAUUGGGUACAGUUGCAGGGGAAAUUUCUUCUAAACGCUUCCCCAUCAAGAGUGGUAAUUUAUUUAGAAGGUCCACCCCCAGGCACUGAUAUUCUUCUCAACAGCUUAGUUGUAAAGCAUGCUGACAAAGUCCCUCCUUCACCUCCGCCAGAUUUUGAGAAUGUAGCUUAUGGAGUUAACAUACUCACCAAUGGCAACCUUCACGAUGGCACCAACGGUUGGUUUCCCCUUGGUAGUUGCACUUUAAGUGUCGGAACUGGUUCGCCACAUAUACUUCCUCCAAUGGCAAGAGAUUCUCUGGGACCUCAGGAGCCUCUAAGUGGUCGCUACAUUCUUGUGACCAAUCGCACCCAGACGUGGAUGGGUCCUGCUCAGAUGAUCACCGAUAAUUUGAAACUUUAUUUGACAUACCAAGUGUCUGCGUGGGUUCGAAUUGGUUCCACAACAUCUGGGCCUCAGAAUGUGAAUGUUGCACUUAGUGUCGAUAACCAGUGGGUCAAUGGGGGUCAAGUCGAGCUUAAUGAUGACAGAUGGCAUGAAAUUGGUGGGUCUUUUAGAAUUGAGAAGCAACCAAAUAAGGUGAUGGUUUAUGUUCAAGGUCCUGCUCCAGGCGUUGACUUGAUGGUUGGUGGAUUUCAAAUUUUCCCAGUUGAUCGGCAGGCAAGGUUCAGACAUUUAAGGAGGCAAACUGAUAAGAUACGCAAGCGUGAUGUCGUCUUGAAAUUCUCCGGAGCAGACUCCAGCAGUUUGCUUGGUACCUUCGUGAAAGUCAAACAAACACAAAAUAGUUUUCCCUUCGGGUCAUGUGUGAGCAGAACAAACAUAGACAACGAAGAUUUCGUUGAUUUCUUUGCCAAAAAUUUCAACUGGGCUGUCUUUGGAAACGAGUUGAAGUGGUACUGGACGGAGCCACAACAAGGAAACUUUAACUACAGGGACGCUGAUGAGCUCUUGAACUUGUGUGUGAGCCACAACAUUGAAACGCGUGGCCAUUGCAUCUUCUGGGAGGUCGAAAGCACGGUUCAAUCCUGGAUACGAGCUCUGAACAAAAAUGAUAUGAUAACCGCUGUUCAAAACCGCCUAACGGGCCUCCUCACACGCUACAAAGGCAAGUUCAAACACUAUGAUGUGAACAAUGAAAUGCUGCACGGAUCAUUUUAUCAGGACCACUUGGGUAAAGAUAUCCGCGCAAACAUGUUCAAGACUGCGAAUCAACUAGAUUCAUCUGCAAUCCUAUUCGUGAAUGAUUAUCAUGUCGAGGACGGAUGUGACACUCGAUCAUCUCCCGAAAAGUACAUUCAACAUAUCCUUGACCUCCAGGAACAAGGGGCUCCAGUGGGAGGAAUCGGAAUUCAGGGACACAUAGAUAGUCCUGUUGGGCCCAUAGUCUGUUCUGCUCUUGAUAAAUUGGGUAUUCUUGGUCUUCCAAUAUGGUUCACUGAGCUUGAUGUGUCUUCCAUCAACGAGCACAUUAGAGCAGAUGACUUGGAAGUUAUGCUUCGCGAAGCUUUUGCUCAUCCUGCAGUGGAUGGUGUAAUGUUGUGGGGAUUCUGGGAGUUAUUUAUGAGCCGAGACCAUGCGCAGUUGGUGAAUGCUGAAGGUGAUAUUAAUGAAGCCGGUAAGAGGUACCUCGAUCUGAAGGACGAGUGGCUGUCCCGUGCUCACGGGCACGUUGAUGAACAAGGACAGUUCGAGUUCAGAGGCUUUCAAGGUACAUAUGAAGUGCAGGUUGUUACUGCUUUAAAGAAAGUUUCCAAAACAUUUGUUGUCAACGAGGGUGAGUCUCCGGUGGUGAUAAGCAUAAAUUUAUAGUUGGGUAGCGAUGAAAAUGAUUUGUAAAAACAAGUUCAAAAAAAUACAGUUGUGUAAGUCUGCAAUACUACAUUUCUUGUUGAUGGUUGUGUACAUCCUUAAUUGAAAAUGUUUGAUCUGUUGCUUCAUUUGUAAAUUAAAGAUUAAGGAAUAAAAACAUGGUAUUGCCGUUUGUGUUA